AUGAAAUCGGCUAUUGGUAAUGAUGGUACCGAUAUCGCCUAUUGUGACUUUACGGGUAAUGCCACAGGUCGAUUUAACUGGGUUCAUAUGUCUAAUUCAACAUUUGAUGGAACUCGAUUAUCCGGGCAAUUUAAUUCUGGUCUUACUAGCCCAAACGCCACGGAUUAUUUGUUCUUAUUAGUAACUGAGGCCGAUAACAGCACAGCUUUAGACAUGACACAACAAAUUGUUAAGGAAAUUAAAAUUUUUGUACCAGCUUGUGCACCUUUUCAAAUUGAUUUCACUCCUGCUUUGAGUCUUACAGGAAAAGCUUUUGACCUUAA